AAGAUAAGUUUACAAUGAAAAUAUAAAUUAAAGGUAAAAAGCCUUCAUAAGAUUUGUAGCCUAAUGCAUGCACGCCAUUCUUGUAAAGUUGUGUAAUGAGGAAAAAUCAUGUCUAAAAGUAAACAAAUAAUUGGUAUUUUUAAACGUGAUAUGGGUUGUUACAACAAAGGGUGAAGUAUAUUUCUUGCUGACAUCAGCACUGCGCCAAAACGGACAGUUCCAUUUCCAAAAUCCUGUUAACUAUUUUGAAGGAAUAUUUUACGCAACGAUUUUUUUUCCAGUUUGAAAAAGGGGGUGUCAUGACAUAAAAUGCGUCUUCGUAUGACAAUAAUUUUUAAACUAGCUGUUAUAUUUAAAUGAUGUUUGAAUAAUCGCUAAAAAUCUGCAAGGCGACGGGCUUAAAGUUCGCAUUAGACCACGUUAAUUAUUGAUUGGCACGGUCCUGCUAUAUAAAGAAGAUGCAAGGGGUAUUCUGCUCUCUCUCUCCUAGUCAUUGGUCGCCAGGAUGAGUUACGGAUCAGAGCUGUACUCUUCCUCCUCCUACCGAAAGAUUUUCGGGGAUUCCCCUCGCUAUGCUGCCUCUCCUCCGCGGCUGAGCAGUGUCCCUUCCUCCCGAAGUUCUUUCUCAUCUAGUGGCUUUAGAUCUCAGUCUCUGACCCGCUCCUCUUCUUUGAGCUCCUACAAAAGAGCAGGGCGAUCUUCUUAUUCUCCCGUGCUAAGCGAAAGCCUUGAUUUGACCCAGAGUUCAGUUCUCAAUAAUGAGUUUAAAAUUAUCCGAACGAAUGAGAAAGAACAGAUGCAGGGUCUCAAUGACCGCUUCGCAAUGUUCAUCGAGAAGGUGCGCAAUCUUGAGCAGCAGAAUAAAGUCCUGGAGACCGAGCUGGUGGCGCUGCGACAGCGGCAAAGCGAGCCGUCCCGACUUGCAGACUUAUACCUGCAGGAGAUCCGAGAGCUCCGUUCCCAGGUGGAGCUGUUGAAUGGAGAGAAGUCGCAGAUUUUGAUUGAACGGGAAAACAUUGAGGACGAUUUGGAGAAACUCCGAGCCAAGUAUGAAGAUGAAAUAAGGGUGCGAGAAGAGGUAGAGCAGAUGCUGAAAACUUACAAGAAGGACGUGGACGAUGCAACGAUCGUCCGACUGGACCUGGAGAAGAAAGUGGAGUCCCUACUGGAUGAGAUAUGUUUCUUGAGGAAGGUUCACGACGAAGAGGUGGCUGAGCUGACGAAUAUGAUCCAGGCGUCCCAGGUCAAUGUUGAAAUGGAGGUUGCAAAGCCGGAUCUCACGUCUGCGCUGAAAGAGAUCCGUGGCCAGUACGAAACUCUGGCGGCCAAGAACCUGCAUUCGGCCGAAGAGUGGUACAAGUCCAAGUUUGCGGAUCUAAGUGAACAAGCAAACCGAAGCAAUGAGGCGAUCCGGGCAAGUCGGGAAGAGAUCAACGAAUUUAGGCGACAACUGCAGUCCAAGACUAUCGAAAUCGAAAGCCUGAGAGGAACCAACGAGUCACUGGAGAGGCAGAUCCAGGAAAUGGAAGACAGACAUAAUACCGAAAUUGUUGGAUUUCAGGACAUGAUCAACCAGCUGGAGAAUGAGCUCAGGACCACCAAGAGCGAGAUGGCACGUCACCUGAGAGAGUACCAGGACCUGCUGAACGUCAAGAUGGCUUUGGAUAUUGAGAUUGCAGCCUAUAGGAAACUGCUGGAGGGAGAAGAAACCCGCAUCAGCUCGGGGAUAUCCUUUGCCGUCCCCAGCCCCAGCUUGAGCUAUGGGUACCAGACCCGCAUCUACACCGGCACCUCCAAGGUCGGAAAGAAGGAAGAAAAGGAGGAGGAGCCUCAGGCCAAAGCCAGCAAGACGAGCGUCCAGCGCGACACAUUCGAGGAGAUUGUCGAGGAGACCACCUCCACCAAGAAGGUGGAGAAAAACGAGUCCAUUAGCAUCAACACCACCAACCAGAAAAACUAAACCCCCUCCCCUUUCUGUAAUGAAGUGGUCUCAGAGAGGAAUCCACCACACAACCGUUGUGACACUGCACUAUGAACACCUUACAAUGUGAGUUUCCAGAAACAUCACUCCAGAGAUUUAAAACGGCACUUUAAAACCACACGUACAAUACAGACACCAUUAAGGACUUAAGUAUUUGUGCACUGCCGCAGGAGGUAAAUUAUUCACGACACAUUCCAGAUGGUGUGAGGAUGUGUAAGUUCACCAGAAAUCACAGGCAUUUCAGAACCACAAUAUAUAUUGUAUCAAGCAUUUCUAAUUCUAAGCACUCGUAUGCCUGAAGAUAAGCACUUGUCUUUUACAGACCUUGUUUUAAUAGUUAAUGUAUCCAGCACAAAUAGUAUCUAAAUGCCAGCUUAAAACUCGAGAACUAUAGUUAUAAUUUUGUUGAGUCAUUAGUGAUGGACAAUGAUCAAUUUUGGUGUUCCAAAGUAGAUCAUCUACCACAGUUUAUUCACAAGUACCCAAAUGGAUUGUAUUAAAACUAUUUUAAAGACAGUGUAGCCAAUGAAUUGCUUAAAAAUGUGAACAGUCAUCUGCAGGUAGGUAUCUACUCUCCACUGAAAUUUUACCGUCCAAAUGGCCUCUACCUAAAAUGAAAAAUUCCUCUCCAAGAUUGCUCUUGUUAUAUUAAUGCAUCUCUUUACUUGAACUUAGAAAAAAGUUAUCGAAUUCAAGAGUUAGUUGCAUGGUGUAUUUUUCAUGUUUGCAUGGUGUGUCAUUAGGCCACUGUCACUGACUGUGUCUUCCUGACCAUAGGGUAGAAAAUGAAGUCUUCUCCAUUUCCUGCAUUUCUCUAUUCCUUGUAGCAUAUCUCCAAGCUACUUCAAGGCUCAAAAGUGUUGGAAAUUUGUUUAGCAUUUUAGUAAGUAGGAUGCAUUUCAGUACGUAUGGUGGCUGUAUUCCUGCAGUCAACGUCUACGAUGAACGUGGAUUGUUGAAGUUUCAUAUUCAGAGAGUCUCUGUUUCAGAGCAAUAGCAUUUCAGCUGUGCUCCUUGAUUAAAUGUGCUAAGAACGUCUGCACUAGUCAAUCUCAUCUAUAGAGUUACCCAGUGUACACUUUAGUCAAGCAGGGUUUUGGUUUACAAAUUGUUCAGCACAAAAUUCAUGGGUUAAUAGACCAUUAACUAUGGGCACAAGAACAUUAAAUAUCCUUAAGGAUGCCUGGAAUGCUUCUUAAGAAAUCUAUCCUGUACUACCCUGCCUUAGCAAUACAGAAUAUAUGAGCUAGAAAACCACAGAACAGGGCCUCGAUUUAAUCAGCUAUGACUGUUAGCUUGACUGUAUCGGAAUGUGUUGUGUGCUUGACCACUUGCACGAAUGAGACAAAUGUGUGACUGUGAGAUGGAAUUCAUCUCAUCCAUUGUCUCAGAGUUAAGUGAUUGUCCAACUAAUUUGAAAUUAAUAUUUUAGACAGGGCUUUACUCGGUCUGAUGUGUGUCCUCCAGCUGUUUGAGUUUCUAUAGAGCUUCCAGUCAUUUCUAAGCCAUUGGUGAGUCGACAUGGAGAAGUGUUUUGGGAAAAAAUAUACAAAUAUAAGGACAACAUAUAGUUGCCAGACGUCUCUUCAAUGCAGCCACUCUGGUUAAUAUUUUGAGGGAAACUGGUGGAUGUCCGUCAUUCUUCUGUGUUGUCUGCCAUGACUAUAAAAUGCUUGUCGCUGAGACCAAGGGCCCUUUAUGGAAUUUGUUCCAAGCACAGCGAGGCACAGGUGACUGAGCUUGCCGAUGAUUGUACGAAUGCAGGUGGCAUGGGCGCCCUUUUGCAGAAUGCAUGUGCAUCAAGGGUUCAUCAAAUGUUUAACAAAGAUUUCCUAAGUGUUACCCACAGAAAAGGAGAGAAUGCUGUUGGUUGUCAAAAUGCCUUAACAACACCAGCUUUUUGAGUUUGGCAGUUGUGUAUGUGCAGUGUAUGGUUUGACUACUGAUGUGCUGUAUGUCUUUCUAGAAUUAGUCUUCUUAAAUGGCAAGACCAGCAGUUUCUGAAUAUAGAUAACCAAUUUUCCUCUGUUCCUUACUGCUGUAUGGCACAUACCAAUAAAAAAAAAGUGCUUCGAUGUCUUCAAUUAUUUUCAUUUCAAUUAUUUUAAUUUCACUUGCAGUCACAAAGGUGUAAUGUAAUGAUGGACAGCUUGUAGUCAACCUGUUAAUCUGAGAUUAUUUGCUUUGCCACCAAGGCAAUGUAGAAGCUCGACAGAGUCCAAUCAAUUUGACCCAAAAAUAAGGUGCUUUUUAAAAUCUACAUUAACAUUUAGAAAUGAUAAUCGUCUUACAAAAUGGUUUUAGUCAAUCCAAUUUAAAAUGAUUGACCUUGAUGUGUAUUCAGG